AUGUUUUAUAUCAUUGGGUUGGGCCUCGGUGAUCCGGAAGAUAUAACCGUGAAGGGAUUGAAUGUAAUUAAACAAUGCGAUCGUGUUUACUUGGAAUCGUAUACGUCGAUUUUGUGCUGUGGACAAGAAAAAUUGGAAGAAUUUUAUGGCAGAAAACUAAUUUUGGCCGAUCGAGAAAUGGUAGAGCAACGGGCUGAUGAAAUUCUGGACGGAGCCGACAGUGGAGCGAUUGCGUUUUUGGUGGUUGGUGAUCCGUUCGGGGCUACCACUCAUACCGACCUGUUGCUUCGAGCGAAGGAAAAGGGCAUCCAAACGUCUGUAGUUCACAACGCGUCCAUCAUGAAUGCCGUAGGGUGCUGCGGAUUACAGCUGUACCAUUUCGGCGAGACCGUAUCCAUUCCCUACUGGGACGACAAUUGGAAACCGGACAGUUUUUACGAUAAGAUUACCGCUAACCUAGAACACGGCCUACAUACGCUGUGCCUAUUGGACAUCAAAGUAAAGGAGCCUACGCUGGAGUCGCUGAUGAAGAAGAAACGCGAAUACAUGCCGCCCCGGUUUAUGUCGGUGAGCGAAGCGGCUAGGCAGCUUUUGGAAGUUGUUGAGAAAAAAGCUUCACGCGAUGGCGACACGGGGUCAUCGAGCGAACACAAACUCAACGCAAAUUCGCUAAUUGUUGGUCUUGCCCGGGUGGGCCAUGAAAGCCAGAAAAUUGUAGCCUGUCCAUUGAGAGAGAUGGAACACAUCGAUUUAGGGCCCCCCUUGCACUCUCUAAUCAUUCCAAACGGACGCCUGCAUCCUUUGGAGACAGAAUUUCUUCAGCAGUUCGCCGAAUUGGAACUUCAGAAAGAUUAA